UCGAAAUUUUUGUCUCUCCUGAAUUAAAUUCCAAGAGCAAUACAUGAGUUUAUUAUUUGAUUAAGAAACUAGUUACUGUCACGCUCUUUAAUUUAAUGUCUCUUUCCUUUCCUUGUAUCUAAUUCGAUAAAGUCCUAUUUUUCCGUCUCGGUUUAUUUCGAAGUGAAAAUGACAUCUGUUCUGCGUAGAUCGAAAUAUGACAAGCACAGUUAUACAAAUCCGGAGUUAUUUUAAUUGAAAAAUUGCAAUCGAUUUGGUAGAACGUGGAGAUUCCAUUUAACCGAACUCUGAAUAAAGUUGAUUUCAAGAGAUUGCAGGAAUUUAAUAAUAAAUUCGGCAAACUGUCAAUGGGUUCAAUUCGUUUAUUAGGUAUCUACCAUUUUAGAUAAAACGUAUAGUAAAUCAAAAGACAAAAUUCUGCUGCAAAACUAACUAUAUAUUGUUUCUUGAAAUUACAGUGCAAAAUAUAAAUACAUACACAGUAAAAACAUGUUAUGAUAUUUAAUUUUGGAUGGUCUUCAAGAAUUCGAUGGAUGAUGGUUAUUUUCCAGUAGGGCCUACCAAACAUUAUGCCCCCAUCCGCCGGCCCAUCCGCCAUGGCCCCAUCCACCAUGUCCUCCCCAAGCGCCAUGGCCCCAUGCAGGAGCGACAACGGCAGCGUGUCCGACGACAGCAGGAGCAGCGAUCACGCUAGCGUGAACAGCCGCCAUGGCGACGAUAAGAACGAAGGCGAAGAUAAAGUAUUUCAUCUUGAACUGUUUUAAGACGCUGUUGGCAACGUUUGAUAACGGAGAGAUGAAUGCUCUUAUUUAUAGUGGAGUAAUCAGCGAUUACUUUCAUUAACCGGAAGAAUUUGCAUAUUUCUUUGUGUUAGAUAGCCGACAGGUGACAUUCAUAGGGUUUUUUUCGCAUUAUGCAAUCAUGGGUGCGCGUAACUUUGUUUAGGUUGCACUUGUAUGGUGUGUCAAGUGCAUACACGCCUUUAGAAUUGUGCAUGUUGGAAUAAAUUAAAUUCAAAAACACAGUGUGUAGAAAAAAUGAUGCUCACCUUUAGAUUAAAGCUGAAACAUCUUGGUCCAAAAUACGAACUAAUUUUCUGAAACAAUAAAUUUAUCAUUAGUGAGGUCAUUUAGAAAAGAAAUAAUUAAAAUUAAUGAAAAUACAUAUUCAUGAUUCUUUCGAUAACCAGGUCACGUGCAAGAACAUAAAUAUACAACAAUAAAUAAAGAAAAGUAAAAUUUAAAAAAAUGAGAAAAAUGCGAAUUGAAAAAAUCUUCCAUUCAGUUGAUGUAUCUGCGGAAAUCAUUAUAAGCUCGGAUUUGGAAUAAGCUUUUAAAUCUCUAAUAAUCGAAGUUUCGGUAAUUGAAGCAAUGAAAUUUCAAGCAUUAAUAUUUUACAAAAUUCAAUCAAAAUUUAUGUUUUUCCGUAUUAAUUUAAUACCUACAACAAUUCUGAUAAUAUCAAGGAUUUAUCUUGCACGAAAAUGGAGAGUUAUCGCUUAAAUAUGAUUGAUUUUCAAUAAACCGUGACAUGACAAGACCUUGUCGAAAUUUCGUUUCCUCCAUUAACAUAACUCGUUACCAACCUAAUAAUUAACCCCAAACUGUGUUGGCGUUGUAUAAAUGACAACAUCACAAACACGUGCAUCAGCUGCUCGAGGCGUAUAUACAAUAUAUUGUUAUGUUGAUAACAAUAUUUGGACAGCAGCCUGAGUUAAAAAAUAUGAGUUACGUCACGAUAUUGCUUGCAUUCGUUGUGGCUCACUGUGUAAAAAAAAACACGAUUAACUGCAAAAUUAAUUUUUAUUAAUAACAAGGGGUGCUUUACAAAGUGUGCUUAAAAAAUCCUUCUGGUAGAGAUUUACUACUCUCCGCGUCCCCAUUUGUGCCCCCAUUCUUCUUCACGACCUCUGCCUUCUUCUUCUUCACCACCGCGGCCCCAAUGUUCUUCACCUCCGCGUCCUUCUUCUUCGCCGCUACGGCCUUCUUCUUCACCACCAUGGUGAUGGCGUUGUUCUUCUUCGCGGUGAUGACGGCGUUCUUCUUCUUCGUGGUGGUGACGGCGUUCUUCUUCUUCGCGGUGAUGGCGACGUUCUUCUUCUUCACGGUGGUGACGGCGUUCUUCUUCUUCGCGGUGAUGACGGCGUUCUUCUUCUUCGCGGUGAUGAUGGCGUUCUUCUUCUUCCCGGCCUCGGUGAUGAUGGCGUUCUUCUUCUUCACCUCCACGACCUCUUUCUUCGCCGCCGCCCCCCCAGUGGUGUUUCUCUUCUUCUCGGCGCCGUUCUUCACGCCGACGUUCUUCGUGAUGAGGACCUGCUUGGACAGCCACUAGGGCAAAGAUAACAACAAGAGCGAAAAGAGUGAAUUUCAUUUUGUAUUGUUGUUACAAGACGUUAAUAACGUUUUGAUGUCGAGUCUGGGUGUCUGGAGGGUAUUUAUAUAUCGUUAAUUAAGGGGGUUUAUGCAAAAAAAUUAUUUCGUCAAGGGUCUAUGGUAAUCGGAUUAAUUAAGGAAUGAUUUCAGUCUUACCAAUCACCAUAAGGUUACGGAUUUGAUUUUUAUUUUAGGGUUGAUUAAUUGAGAAAUCUGGAACAAGAUCAUAUUUAAUUGUAAAGUAUUUAUUAGCAUGUUGUGCUCUAGAUAUCAGAUUUUGGUUAUUCUUGUUUAAUGAAAGUUGGGGAAAUUGGUACGAUUAACACUUAAUUCAGGUUUAAAGUAAGUGUUUAAUUGUUGGAAAAGUAAGGAUUAUAAGUAGAUAUGCAAAAGUUGGGAUUAGCUAAAUUUAGAAAGUCAUUUUCAACACUAUUACGUUUUGGACGGGUUUCAGGAAAAGCAAUUUCAAAUGGAAUUGUAAAACUGAAUUUUGGCUUCAUAUCUACGCUAAUAGAAACUGUCAAGAGGACGUUGCAAAAGGUGCAUCACGAACCGGUCAUGAUAUUUCUAGACACGUUUUGUAUUUCAUCGAAUUUGUUGUGUGCAUUCCGGGAGUUCUUUUAAGCUCUAUUUCAGUUUUUCUGAACGAUUUUACUACUGAUUCAUAUAAAAAGCCGUCUUGCUCAAGCAACACUCAAAGAAAAAUAAACAGUUCAAGAUGUUUAAGUACUUCCUUAUCGCUUUCCUGGCCAUCUUCGCCGUAGCAUCGGCUUAUCCCAGUGGCAUUAUCGGCCAUGGAGUCAUCGCCGCCCCUGCUGCCGUUAUCGCUACCCCCGCCGUGGCUGUUGGUGUUGGCCAUCAUGGGCUUAUUGGAACUCAUGGAACCCUCUGGGGUUGAAAAAUUACAAUAGUUGCACUUUGUGAAGUUCAUCCAUCAUUUUCUGUAGAUUUUUGUACACUUAAUAGACAUUGAGGCAUGCA